GCCACUUUCAUCUUGCCCAUCAUCUGUGCGCCUGCUGUGCGCCCGCUCCUCGCCGGCUGCUCCUCGCCAUGGCUCCGCCGCUCCUUGGCCGGCGCGUCGUUAUUGGCGGGCUUUCAUCCGGCCUGAACGGGCGGCAAGGAGUGGCGGUGCGUUUCGAAGGAGGCCGCUACGUGGUUGCAAUCGACGGCUUUGGCGGGAGCCUUCGGCUUCGACCGGAGAAUGUGUCGGCUCCGCCACCACGGCCGCCACCAACCCCACCACCUUCCGCGCUGAAGCCGCUUCCGGCGGCGGCUCCACAGACCGUCCAUCAGGAGCUCUCGUCGGCUCACUUCAAGGCGGCCAAGAAGCGCCUGUCCGUCGCCGCAAAGGCGCUGUCCGACGGCGCCCUCGGAGCCGUGAAAUGCGAGUACGAGAGCAUCCUCGACAUGCUCGAGAAUCAGCUGCCUCGGCGAGGAAAGAGCUUGGCUGGCGAUCGCGCCGCCGACGAGUUUGUUGGAGAGCGCCUGUGCGACAAGAUGGAGGCGCGCGGCAUGCCGGCUCGCAAGCAGGCUGGCCUGCAGGCUGUCGCGACAUGCCGCGCGCAUGUGAGGGGCGGGCCCGAUGGCGAGCCGCUGCCCAUUCCUGUCGAUUGAUAAUUAGUCCGCAAGCGCAUUUUGCGCCCUGCGUCAGGGCUCAGGGGGCCAGCCGGUCGUGAGGUGUCUAGCGACAGGCCCCCACACCCCGGCGCCGACCGCCGAGGCGGGGUGGACUCUUCCUCUACAAGAGCGAGAGAUAGAGUCCUCCGCCUACCGUGCGAGCCUGGCCCCAAGUGCCGUACAGAAAAGUUUUUUGAAAUCUGCUGGCUAUAUCUUUU